CACACACACACACACACACACACACAAAUGCAUGUUGAUAUUUAAAAUAGGUGAUACUAUUUUCUAUAUAAAAAAUAGUCUCCAUUCGUUUCUUAAAACAUACAGAGUGGUUUUUACGUUAGGUUGUUGCUCACACCUACAUUGCUUCCUUUGAGGCUGCUGUGGCGCCAUGUGACACGCCUCUUUUUCGCGACUGUUUUUCGCGUGUACAAAAGCUAACGCCACAGAAGCUGAAGCUUUCUUCAGCGGCUAAAACAGUUUUUUUUUUGCUACGUCUUAAAAGUACGAAAACAUUUUUAAAAAUGUCUGGCUCUCCUAAUGGUAAGUCUAGUUUUCAUUAACAGCCAUUUUAAAUCAAAUUUGUUUAUGUGUGAUCACGAGUCAUCCCAUUACUUGACAGGCAAUUUGAUGUUCUGUGCACAGAGCAACGGUUAUGAGACGAUUGUGAACGAAAUCAAAGCACUGAACGCGGGCGCACGCCCUCCACAGCCUAACGUUGCGUACGAGGUACCGGGGGUUAGGACUGACAUCACACCCGCGCCCGCGAGCGCACAGUCGAUUAGUACGGUGAGGGGCCGAGUCGCGAGAGAAAACAGGGGAUCGCUCUCUUGUUUAAGACAACUUGUUAACCGGUACCCGUCCGUUACAACUGCGGAACGACAUGAAACAGCAAACAGUGCUAGACACGGAACACCAUUAGGAAGAAGAGUGGUUGUGACCGCGCAGAUCCAUUCACCACCGCAAAUAUCUACUAAUUCUACACCUGUUGAUUGUACGGGGAGUUUUGCAAACAGUAUACCUCAAGCAGUUGCUGAUGCAGGUGUUAGAAGACCGUGGGUAAAAUCAAGAUCACACCAUGAACACCAGAAUGUGACUGCUCUCCCGGUUCAGCCCGAUAGACAAAAGACUGUAGACCCUUGUGAGAUCGACGUGAUACCUAACACCCCCGAGCGAAAACGUCCGAGACAAUCAACUCAACCAGAAGACAAGGAGCUCUGGGACGAGCAUUUUGCUCAAGCAUGGGAUGGAUGCGAUAUGAACGUCCAAUCUAAUGUGGAUCAGGAGAAGAAUUUAAAUCAACCCACAGACACUGUUGAAAACGUCGCAGAUUCAGAUGAUGAUGAUGCAGACAAGCUUCCUUCAAACCAGGAGGAAUACAAGAACCAGCAGCUGAACGACACAAACAAUGACAUUUUGAACACUAUUGUCAAGAACCAAGAAAGAAUUAUAGAGGACCAAGCACGUCAUAAACAGCAGAACGACGCAAACAAAGCCAUUUUGGACACUGUUGCCAAGAACCAAGAACAUCAUAAACAGCAGAACGACGCGAACAAAGCCCUUUUGGACACAGUAGCCAAGAACCAAGAAAGAAUUAUAGAGGACCAAGCACGUCAUAAACAGCAGAACGACGCAAACAAAGCUGUUUUGGACACUGUUGUUAAGGAGCAGCAGAAACACGGGAUCAUCCUUAAACAUAUUGUUGCGUUACUAAAACGUCAUGAUGGUGCACAUGCUAAGGCGGCCUGUGAUCAGGAAAUGACUGUAACGCUGUUAACUGAACUGCUGGAUCUUUUUAAAUAA